UGGAAGCAGAGCUUCCCGGCCGAGCUGCAGCCCGGGCGCACAGAGAUGAGCUCACCACUUCCUCUCCACGUGGGCAGGGCAGCAGUAAACACAUGGCUGGGGCUGCCCAGGUCGCCACGAUGCAAGGGGAUGUGGAGAGGCUGCUGAUCCUGUUCAAAGAUGAGGCUGGCGAGAUCCUGGGGUCCCCCUUUGACGUGCCCGUUGAUAUCACGCCGGAGAAGCUGCAGCUGGUCUGCAACGCGUUGCUCCAGAAGGAGGAGCCGCUGCCCUUGGCCUUCUACGUCCACGAUGCUGAAAUCGUCACGUCGCUGGAGAAGACCCUGGCGGGGCAGGUGGUGGAGACGGAGAGAGUCCUCGACAUCAUCUACCAGCCCCAGGCUGUAUUCAAAGUGCGGGCGGUGACGCGAUGCACCAGCUCUUUGGAGGGGCACACCGAGGCUGUCAUCUCCGUAGCCUUCAGCCCCACUGGAAAGUACCUGGCGAGCGGCUCCGGUGACACCACCGUGCGCUUCUGGGACCUCAGCACGGAGACGCCACACUUCACGGCCAAAGGUCACAGGCAUUGGGUCCUCAGCAUCGCCUGGUCUCCCGAUGGCAGGAAGCUCGCCUCAGGGUGCAAAAACAGUCAGAUAUUUCUCUGGGACCCAGACACAGGGAAUCAGAUUGGCAGGGUGCUCGCCGGACACUCCAAAUGGAUCACGUGGCUGUGUUGGGAACCACUCCACAUAAAUCCCGAGUGCCGCUACUUGGCCAGCGCCUCCAAGGACUGCAGCAUCCGCAUCUGGGACACCGUCACGGGCCGGUGCGAUAAGAUCCUCACCGGGCACACGCAGUCGGUCACGUGCGUGAAGUGGGGCGGAGAUGGCCUGCUCUUCUCCUCCUCCCAGGACAGAACCAUCAAGGUCUGGAGAGGCCAGGAUGGAAUUCUCUGCCGCACCCUGCAGGGCCACGGGCACUGGGUGAACACCAUGGCUCUGAGUACCGACUACGUUCUCCGCACAGGGGCCUUUGAACCCGCCGAAGCCUCUGUCAACCCACAAGACAUGAGUGGCACCCUGGCAGAACUGAAAGAGAAGGCGCAGCACAGGUACGACCAAGUCAGGGGGCAGGGACCGGAAAGGCUAGUGUCUGGAUCGGAUGACUUCACGCUGUUCCUGUGGGCCCCAGCAGAGGACAAGAAGGCGCUGGAGAGAAUGACAGGCCACCAGGCAUUGAUCAACCAAGUGCUCUUCUCCCCAGACACCCGGAUAAUAGCCAGUGCUUCCUUUGACAAGUCCAUCAAGCUCUGGGAUGGCAGGACGGGAAAAUACCUCACCUCCCUGAGAGGGCACGUCUCUGCUGUUUACCAGAUCGCCUGGUCUGCAGACAGCCGCCUCCUGAUAAGCGGGAGCAGUGACAGCACGCUGAAGGUGUGGGACGCCAAGACGGGGAAGCUGGCCAUCGAUCUCCCCGGCCAUGCAGACGAGGUGUUUGCAGUGGAUUGGAGCCCGGAUGGACAGCGAGUAGCCAGCGGAGGGAAAGAUAAGUGUUUAAGGAUAUGGAGACGAUAGGAGCAGUGAAAAGAACCUGCCGUUCUAACUGGCCCUGUCCGUAUGGCCGGGCCUGGCAGCUAACCCGCUCAGCGUGGACUGUGGUGUUCUGCCUCUUGCACACCGUACUAGCUCUGCCUGAUUAAUUUCUGUGAAGGGAGAUUGGUUCGCAUUAAAUCGGAAUCACAAAGAACUUGCCCUUCUGCAUCCAGGUGACUUUGUCUGCAACCAUUAGUACACCCGGAGCUCUGCUAGCUCCGAUUCAGCCUGGUUUCUGUUGAAACUUCUGCAGCCUAUACUCUCUGGAGGAGAGAGUGAAGAGGGGGCGGGGGUCUGGUCAUGCUGUUUCCUUUCCUGGCAAAUGGAGCCUGCAGGGGCUAAAGCUUUUAGUGGGGACAGAAAAACACGUCCUUUCCUGACCCCCGGAGAGAGAAUGGGGAAAAGCGUCACACUGUUACCUUGCAAAAUUCUACUCGCCCAUUUUGCCUGGGGCAAAGAGCUGUUUAACGGUAAGUAAGAGAGCCUUGGCCGCCUUCAUUAUUAGGGUGAGGGGAGCAAGGUGGCUUUGCCCCUGGGCUGUCAAAUCUUUCCCCUUACGUAUCAUUCACUCUGUUGGCAAUAGCCCAACCCACCUUAGUCUAAGGAACCCACUUCUGCUUGGCUGUUUGUUCCGAACCAGGGCAGGAGGGAGCAGGCGUGAAAUGAAAACUGGUGCAGACGCUGUGUCGAGUUUCCAGGUCUCAGUUGUUCCCUGAAUUGCGGAGAAGUGGGUGCGCGUGCCUGAGUGAAUCCGUGAACCCUCCCUGUUCCAUGCAUGUUGCCUGGCUCGGGUGCACCGUGCACUGGGAGGCUGCUACUGUGUCUCUUGCGUCCUGUUGCGGGUUGUCCGUAGGGUUGAGAUUGUCUCUAAAGGCUGCUCCUGGGCCUUUGAAGUCACUGGCAAAACUCCCCUUGAUUUCCGUGGUGCAGAAUUGGUCCCUUACUGAGUUUAUCUGGUGCAUUUCCUCUGUCAGAUGGGUGCAGGGAGCUGAGUCACUUGUCCUAUUUCAAAAUCCAGUGUGUUCAUAUUUGUUCAGUUGUUCAUAGCCCACAUGGAGCGGGUUUUAAGUUAAUGCAGCCCAUCACUCUGGGAGGCAGGUCAACCUGGAUUUAGCUUUGAAGUUUAAGAAGAGUGCAAGUCCAGAUAUGAUUAAUAAGGAGCAGACAGAAUAAUGUCGAGUUCUCUGUCACAAUUGCAAUAAAUUUACAUUAAAGACCAAA